AUGAUUCUAGCGGGGAGUGUUCCAUCUAAUACAACGACUGCCGCUGCUUCCCUUGGCGGACAUACACCUGGUGGUGGACUUAUGAGCUCUUCCCCUCAUUCGCAUGUGGCGCUUAUCAGUGCCGUAACUCCUAGUCUUGGAUUUUCAUUAUCCAAUGGAAGCGACGUGCAACCUUCGCUACUGGCAGUCGAUCCUGAAGAGGAUUCUCAUCAUUCUUACCACCAUGGGAUGCAUAUGUCAACCUCCCCGCACCAUCACCAUCUGUACCACCAUCAUCACCAUCAUCACGACUAUCAUCAUCAUGCGGCUGCUGCAGCAGCCCUGCUGGGUGGUUUCACGAGUGGCAGUGGCGGUGUUGGUUUGGUCGAUUGUGUGGCUGAGAGUAAUAACUGUGCCGAUCGUGAGGAUUCCACUGGAUUUAUUUCCGUGGCGGGUACUUCUACCGCGAACAGUGUUGUUGGAAACUAUUGUCUCAGUGGAGGAGUAGACAGUGUGACAGGGUUGGUACAUUCCGUAACGACCGCUACGUCUCUGACCAGUGCGAAUGAUGGCGAUGAAGCAGGAACUUCAGUUGAGAGUGGAUCAAUUAAUGAUGGUAGUGAUAGCGGUGUCCUGCGUUCGAAUGAUCGAUCGGUCCCAUCUUCGUCCAGCCUCACGGUGACGGCUAGGACAGCUGCUGCGGCCGCGGCUGCCGUUGCUGCUGUCUCGAAUCAUCACCAUCACCUGCAACAGCUUCCUCCGGCAGAGUUAUCUUACCAUCAUCAUCAUCAUCAUCGAACAUUACCGAUGGAUGUAUCGGCGCUGUAG